AUGCAGCAAAUCCCGCUGAAUUCGGCAUACAGCUCCGGGGCGGUCACCUGCACAAUCACUACAUUUUUGACGGGGAUCCUACUCGCCAAGAUUCAGGACCCUCGAGCUUCUGCGCGCGGGGCGAGGCGACGCGUCGGCACGGCGUUCAUGCCCGUAGGGCGGUUGUAUGGUCUGAAGGUUCUUCUUUACGUAGUUGUCCUACUUGCCACUUGUAUUUAA